UAGAGGGAGUUUCUCACUCCUCCUCAAAGCAUAAACAUCUGUGCUUUGCUUGUUUGCCAAAAGAUCACACACCAUAAUGCCUCUUCUACUUCCUCUCUGCUACUCCAAUUCCAGCACUUCUCACCACUAACUAGUCUUUCUUCUUCUUCUUCUUCUUCUUUUUUUUUUUUUUUUCUGAAAAGAAACAAUUGAUUUAACCUCUUUACUUCCAGUAAAUAAUUAAAUACAUAUCAUCGAGUCACUGGUUACUUUGUUUUGAUAAUUGUAGAAAAAAGAAGAAGAAAAGCAGUGACCUGUAUAAUAUUAUGGAUGGAAUGUACGGUCUACACUCGUCAACAACAACGGAUUACUCAGACAAAACGGCAGCGUUGAUGAUGUCACCGGAGAAUCUGAUGUUUCCUUCUGACUAUCAUCAUCAUCAGAUGAUGAGUAGUUUCAUAACUUCCGAUGCUUUCCAAAAUCGGAUUAAUCCACUUCUCGUAUCGGACGACUUACUCUCUGCUGCUGCUUCUGCAAUUUCGGAAACCACUGCUUCAAUAGCUCCUCCUGAAAUCCCGCGCGGACUGGAUGAAGACAGUAUGUCUACUUUGAUCAAAGCUAAAAUCGCUUCUCAUCCUUCUUAUCCUCGCUUGCUUCACGCUUACAUCGAUUGCCAGAAGGUAGGAGCGCCACCGGAGAUAGCGGGAUUAUUAGAUGAAAUCCGGAGAGAGAAUGAUAUGUACAAAGGAGACGGUGGUGCUGCCUCUACGUGCGUUGGAGCUGAUCCCGAGCUCGAUGAGUUCAUGGAAACUUACUGUGAUGUGUUGCUCAAGUAUAAAUCUGAUCUUGAAAAGCCUUUUGACGAAGCAACGACUUUCUUGAACAAGAUUGAAAUGCAACUUCGAAAUCUUUGCACUGGUGCUUCCGUUUCAACUCUCUCUGAUGAAGGUGCACCAUCAUCAGACGAGGAAUUAAGUGGAGGUGAAUUAGAAGCACAGGAAGCUCAGCCAAGCAGUAAAGACAGAGAUCUUAAAGACAGACUUUUUCGCAGGUUUGGAAGUCAUAUUAGUACGUUGAAGCUGGAAUUUUCAAAGAAAAAAAAGAAAGGGAAGCUACCAAAAGAAGCAAGGCAAACCCUACUUGAGUGGUGGAAUGUUCAUUAUAAAUGGCCUUAUCCAACUGAAGCUGAUAAGAUAGCACUCGCAGACUCAACCGGACUAGAUCAGAAGCAAAUUAACAAUUGGUUCAUAAAUCAAAGAAAGCGUCACUGGAAACCCUCAGAAAACAUGCAAUUUGCUGUUGUGGAUAAUAUUUCUGGACAGUUCUAUACUGAUGACUGAGUUUGGUAUGCAUCCUGAUAACCUGUGUUAGCUUCUUCAUGUGUUUUUAACAAUGCAAACUUUACUGGCAUUGAAAUGCUUAUUUUUAGUUCCCUGAAAAAAGAAGUAAAAAGGGGAAAGAUUAAUUGUAUUUCGCAUUGUGUAUAUUCCCAUUAUCUGACGAGACUGACAUUGAAAAUGAAAUGCUUGGGAUGAAUAAUUUACUUGUCCCCGGUGGUGUUUCAUUAUUCUUGUGUAUAAAUGAAGAAUAAUGAAUGCAGAUAUUCUAAUGUAAGAUGAAUUUUACAAGUAUAAA